AUGGGCAGUAUUUCUCAGAUCCCACUUUCUGCACAGGAAGUUCGAGUAGAGGUAGAUGCUGCUAUCGAAGCAGUCGAAAAGCAUCUUCAAGAACUGAACAGAACUAUCUGGUCGAACCCUGAGCUUGGUCAAAAAGAAGUUCUUGCGCAUGACGCUAUAUGUCUCUUUUUUGAGUCCCUCGGUUAUGAUGUAAAGCGCCAUGCGUAUGGAAUUGAAACUGCCUUUGAAGUUUUGAGUGGCUCUGGUGGGAGACUCAUCAACUACAACGCCGAGUACGACUGUCUCCCUGGGAUCGGGCACGCAUGUGGCCACAACCUCAUAGCCACAAGCUCUAUUGCAGCCUUCCAUGCCCUGUCUACCGUCUUGAAGAAAUUCAACAUCCCAGGUCGGACCCAGCUCCUCGGCACCCCGGAUGAAGAAGGGAAAGGUGGCAAGAUCAUGCUUCUGGAUGGUGGAGCGUACAAGGGAGUAGAUGUCUCUUUGAUGGCUCAUCCCAGCCCUCUUUAUGCAGAGCACAAGGCUGCCGGAAUCGAAGGAGUGGCAGGUUGUAGAAUGAUCGCACGCCAGUACAUCGAGGUCGAGUUCCGAGGAAAGAAUACCCAUGCAGGAGGAACACCAUGGAUGGGAAUCAAUGCACUCGAUGCAGCAGUUGCAGCAUAUAACAACAUCUCCCUUUUGCGGCAGCAAAUCCUUCCUGAUGAACGCAUACAUGCGGUCUUUCUAGAUGGCGAGAAGACUAUCAACGUGAUCCCAGCUCAGGCGCGGGUGGCACUUCAGGCCCGCAGUCUAAAUCUCAAUGGACUACAAGCACUAGUGGAGCGGGUCAUUAACUGCGCGAAGGCUGCAGCAACGGCAACGGGGUGUCAGGUUGAUAUUCAGAAAGAACCAUACUAUGCAGAUGUCACUGUGAAUGAGACACUGUGUGAGAGGUAUCAGCAAAAUAUCGCGGCGUAUGGGAAGGGUGUCAUGAAAAUUCGGGAUCAGGUUGCCUCGGGCUCAUCCGACGUCGGAAAUGUCGGCUACGUCGUUCCGGCAUUGCAUGCUCUGUUUGGAAUUCCAUGCGCAAAAGGGGUAUCACCUCAUAGUGCCAACUUCACUGAUGCAGCAGGAACUGAUGCAGCUUAUGAAAGUGCAAUCAUUACUGGCAAGACAUUGGCGCUGGUAGGAUUUGAUGUAGCCACAAAAGAUGAAGUGUUCCAGGCAGUGUACUCCGAUUGGCAAAAGGAGAUGGCCAGAACAUAA